GCCCGCUUCUCCAGGGAGCAGAUCAAGAGAGUGAAGGACUCGGACGACGUGCCCAUGGUGCUCGUGGGGAACAAGUGCGACCUGCCCACGCGGACGGUGGACACGAGGCAAGCGCAGGAGCUGGCCAAGAGCUACAGCAUCCCCUUCAUAGAGACGUCUGCCAAGACGAGACAGGGCGUGGAGGACGCCUUCUACACGCUGGUGCGAGAGAUCCGCCAGUACCGGAUGAAAAAGCUCGACAGCAGCGAGGACGGGAAUCAGGGCUGCAUGGGAGUGUCGUGCAUCAUGAUGUGACAAGCCACUGGGAAGACCUGGUUCAGAUGUAGCUGGAGGAUAAACCCUGAUGCUGAUGCAUCACAUCUCCUAGCAGCAUCUCCAAGACCCAGUGCCAGCUGACCAGGGCCAAGGCUUGCUCCAUGCCCCCUGGAGAGAGAAAGACCGACUUCUACCUCCGUGUUGGGCUGACUGCCAGGGAAGGUCCCACCGGGGCUGUGCUGGGGUUUUCUCCUGUGUUCUAGGUUGGUUCAAACAGAAAACUGGUCCCAAGAGCAGUGAACUUCCGAGACCAAACGCUGUGAAAACGAUGACGCUGUUUUACCUCUCGAGUUGGAGCUGGAAGCGACGUUUGCUCCCUUGGUGCCGGGCUCGGAGCCGUGGUGCUGAUGGCUACUCGGCCGGGAACUGCAGCGUGGCUCUGGCGUUGCCACUGCCUCCCUGCUUCCCCCUCAGCAGUGCCUGCUUUCGGUCUGCCUCGCAGCACAGACUCUAGCACACCCCUUGCACCAGUUGUGCCAUUUUCCCCAGUUCGUUCUUUUUUGUUAAUAAAAAGGAGACAUGUUUGCUAAUUAAGUGCCUGUUUACUAA